AAUCUUUUUUAGAAAACUGAGAAGUAUUAAAUUUGAUAGAUAUGCAAAGGAAGACAAGUGAAAUCGGUAAUAAAAUCUAUGUCAAACAUAUGUAUGUCAAAUAAAUAUUUUUACUCAAAACUAACGUAGUAACGUACACACGAUAAUAUUUUCUGCUACUACUUAUGCUACAGUGAUAAGGACGGUUGGAGAGGUAGGUACAUGAAAAUAUAAUUAAUUAUGAACCUUUUGUACAGCCAAGUUCACAACCAUGUUCCAAGUCAAUGUUUUUUUUAAUACUACGUUGGUGGCAAACAAGCAUACGGCCCGCCUGAUGGUAAGCAGCCUCCGUAGCCUAUGUACGCCUGCAACUCCAGAGGAGUUACAUGCGCGUUGCCGACCCUAAACCCGCCCCCCCUCAUUGUUCUAAAAAUAUGCACGUUCUAUAACUAUACUGACAAAAAGGUCGUGUAAAUAUAUUUGGCUUGUAUAGAUGUUUGUGAACUGGAACGUGCAAAGUGACAAAAUACUCAUCACAGUAAAACCGCCAAAUUUAUUCGUCAUUCAUAUAAUGAAUAGGUCCUUAUUCGUGUUACAAACCAUUCUCGUGACUAUCGUUUCCGAAUUUUACUAGUGCGAGUACUACGAGCGCGUGCAUCUGAAUCAUGCGAAAACUAUCUUUUCAGCAAAAGCUCGUAAUCAGUUUCAGUUGUUAGCGAACCACGGCGGGGAAAGCAUGUCCCUCCCACUGCCGCCGCGCAAACUUUCAGAACGUGCCUUUGCUCGUGCAAUAACUAAAGUAGCAUUUUAAAUGCUUGUCACGUCUCCGCAUUGUGUUAAAUGGUAAUUAGUGUUUUUAUUUUGUACCGGACCGAAAAUUUCGAGUAAGCAGACGGUUAAGCACACACUUUACUUUAGCAUAGUGAUUAAGUUUGCGGAAGUGAAGAAAAUUGCAAAAAAACAGUAUAAGAUGAAAUGAAGCAAGUAUGCAAACGCGACUGCACACUCGAAGUCAGUGCAAAUAAGCAAUGCUGUGGACAGUGAAGUUCACGUGACGCCAUGUGCAAAGGCGUGAACGGCGUGACAUGGGAGACGGAGUCGCUUAUGGGCGUCCCCAAGCCCUCGGCGUGGAGUGGCUUCUGCCCACGCGCAGCGCUCUCCCACGUGGGGCUGCUGGUGGCGCUCAUGCUGUACACCGCCGGUGGGGGAUUGGUUUUCCAAGCAUUAGAGCAUCCCGCAGAGGUAGCCAAGCUCAAAUCUCACAGAAUGUGGGUCGAGCAGGCGCGAGACGCACUCAUCCAGUUUGUGUCAGACCCUGGGAGAAAUUGGACGGAAAUAAGUUUUCAGCUAGCACUCUAUGAAAGAGUUCUAGAAAAUGCAGCUUCAAAUGGUUUGAAAAUAGAUAAAGAGAACAAUUUCCCAGCCGCCGAAGAAAAGUGGAGUAUUCUGCAGGCGGUGUUCUUCUCGUCCACCGUGCUCACCACUAUAGGGUACGGCAAUAUAGUUCCAGUGACAUUUUGGGGACGAUUAUUCUGCAUAUUCUAUGCACUUAUUGGAAUACCCCUGACAUUGACGGUUAUCGCAGACUUGGGCAGAGUGUUUGCUACCGUUGUUUCUGUUAUUGCUAAGCAGUUGCCUGCAAUGCCAAGAUGCUGCAAUAAAGUAUCUGAAGCCAACACGGCGAGCCAGAGAUCGCUGUAUGCUUUUUGGGCCGUGGGCUUUCUGUUCGUAUACUUGUCGGCGGGAGCUGGCCUCUUCAAGAUGUGGGAAGACGAUUGGACUUUCUACGACGGAUUUUACUUCUGCUUUAUAACAAUGACCACAAUCGGCUUCGGUGAUCUUGUACCAAACAAGCCGAAGUACAUGCUGCUUUGUACGCUGUACAUCCUGAUUGGGCUGGCGCUGACGUCGACCAUCAUCGAGCUGGUGCGGCGGCAGUACGCGCGCUCCUGGCAGCAGCUGCGCGCGCUCUCGGGCCCGCUGGCCGACACGCUCCGCCGGCUCGGCGACGCCGGCCGGGGAGUCGACGUGUCGGCGCUGCAGAAGGUGCUCACAGUGGUAACGAUGCCUCGCUUCAACGGCAAAGACGGGCUCUCAGACAAGCGGCAGCUGGAAUGGGAGGCGGCGGUCGAGGCCGUCAUCAGGGACAUCACCGCGCCGAUGACUCACCAGAAAAAGCCCCCGAUCGUCCAGAUCGUCAUAUAUGAGUCCUCGGUUUAGUUGUUCAGAUUACUCAAUCACUUGACUUUAACUAUGAGUUGUUUUGGACGAUAACGCUGGUAACUAAAGUAAAACACGUAUGUAAUAAGUUUUUUUUGUCAAAAAUUGCAUUUUUGAUACCAUCUUUUAUCGCUGAUUGUACUUUUUUCAAACUCGUCAAGGCAAUUCUAAUAAAUCCAAACACGAUUAGGUUACGUUGUUUUAUCACAGAGUUCCAAUGGCCACCUGCUGUGUCCAUCAUAACUUACUUACGAGUACAUUUGUACUAUGCGAAGUUUCAGCUCAAUUGAAUAAUAGGCUAUGGGUAUAAUUUUCCUUGCAAGAUUUGACCCGAACAAAGAUAUUACAAAUAAACAAACAUUGCAAGUUAAAUUAGUCUGUAACAAUUUGGUAAAGAAAUACUAAUAAGUCAAAUAAAUAUUAAAUGACUUGGAUUACCAUAACUUUGGAUAAAUAGGUUGGUUACUAUUUAUUUAUGAGUCCUCUGUUUAGUUGUCAAAUUUAGAUAACUAGGACGAAAAUAGAGGACCCGCGCGAAAUCGCCUUUACAUUAAAAUGUUAUCCUCAUUUCCCUCUCUGGAUAUUAACUUUAUUGAAAAUAUUUUGACCCAAUUUGUAUAUCAACUAUAGCUAUGCCCCUACGUUAGAUUUUUUUUCUAAUUUUAAGUUAUUAUAAGAGUUAGGGGCAUUUAAAAAAUGUUAUGGAAACCGUUUUUUGCUUUUUUUUACAACAUGUAAUCAAAGAAUCUAAAAAAGUCAAACGUAUGGGGUAUAGCUAUUGUGAAUAUACAUCAAAUUGUGUUAAAAUAUUUUCCAGAAUGUCAAUAUCCAGAGAGGAAAAUGGGGACUACAUUUGUAUGGAAAAGCGACCGUCCCCUUUCUUAAUUGCGGGAUAAAAGCGUAAUUUUUGAAAUUUCAAGUAAUAAAAAUGCCACCGAUUCUAUAAUUAUAUAGGCUAUAGGCAUAUAACGGAAAGCAGAAGGCCUAGCACAUGAUUGGCGCGAGAGUAUCUCGCGGCGAGAUAGACUACCCGUCUUUUUCUAACUAUGUUAAUUAAAGAAGGACGGGUAGUCUAUAUCGCUGCGAGAUACUCUCGCGACAAUCAUCUGCCAGCCCGGCAGGGAUCGUUACCGGUAAGUAAAGCUAAAAAUGCAUAUUACCAUAUUGUUUCAUUUCUCCACUACCUAAAGGUUGUCUGGAAGAGAUCGCUCUGUAGCGAUAAGGUCACCUGUUGUUUACCUCUAUCUUCAUGUAUUUUAUGUGUUUCCAUGUACAUUUUUUCAGAGGCUGUGCAAUAAAGAGGAUUUGUAUUGUAUUGUAUUGUAUUGUAUUAGGUAUUCGCAAUAUUUCUUCGUUAUUUUAAAAUGUUAUUUAGAUUAGGACUAUGAGUUAACAGAAUAGCUGAAUGAAAUGCAAAUAUAUACCUACAUAAACGAUCGAGUUGCUGAAAAAUAUAGGUUAAUUUGAAUGAAAUAUUUACCGGUAUUCGAUCCCUGGCUGAAAGAUAGCGAGAAAUUAGCAGUACUUAAAUCCAUUCCUACCAUAUAAAAUAUGAAAAAAUGGUUUGGAUUAAAUUAAGUGUCCAAUAGAUCGACUCAGUCUAUAAAGAAAGGACGCUCAGCAUGAGGAAUUUCGUACAUUGACCUGUCUGUUUCUAUCUCUAUCAACUCAGAUAGGCGUCAUUAUGGGUGGGUUAGCAAGCAGCAGUAGCAGUUUCUUUAACCUUCGAAGCAUUCAUUACGUAAAUCUUGCAAUCUGGAGAUUGUAUCAUUUAUAUUAUAAAAACUCAGUUGAAGACUAAGUACAUGUACUUAUCUCGUGGUGGUAUUUAUAUAACAAGUACAUGUAGUCCCAAGCAUCAAGCUUACAAUCUACAUAAGUGCAUUAAGAGCCCGGUAACGAUUUUAGAGCAAAAAUUUAAAAUAGAUAGAUUUAGUCGUUGAAAUUGUACACCUAUUGUUACGUAAUAUCUAAAUAACAAACACUGGUUUCUAAUAGCACGUCUACUCAUCUUGCUUAUUAAUAACGAAGUUGCAAGCGUACGUCCCCGGUAAUAUGUGACGAGAAGGGACAGUUUUUAAAAAAUCAUCAAAAAAUUAUGGUGGUAAAUUAUACAAAAUGAUGUAUAAGAACAGUUUCAGCAAAUGUUGUAGAUUGUUUAAUGUUUAAAUAUCAAAAAUACAUUGAAUUUAAGUCGAUUUUCCUCUGACGAUUUAUCUGUCACUUGUUUUGAAGUAAUUUCUGGAGAAAAUUGAUUUCGUCUAACUUCAUUUACACUGCUUCAAAUUUAUAAUAACAAAAAUUUGGUUUAUUAAAGUUGAAGUGCAGGAUAUGUGUAAUACAAAAUAACCAUUUUUAGCAGUCCAUAUUUUACGAAACUUACAAAUAAGGGUUAAAAUCAGUGCUUUACGCGCGUUUACCUAAACGUCCAUCAGGAAAAAAAUCAUUACUAAAUAAGUUAGUCUGUUUAAAAAAUAUAUAUAUUCAAAUGUAAGAUAACAAAACGUGGUAAUAGAAACAAAAGGUGAACAAUUUCACUGACUAAAUCUAUCAAUUUGACAUUUUUGCGACUAAAAUCGAUAACGGCCUCUUAAUAAAUAUUUGAUUUUAUGGCACCUAAAUAUGAUAAUACCCUUGUAUUUAUACGUUCUAAAUUUCAAAACAACUUAGUCCCAAAAUGCCUAAAUAUCAAAUUAUUUCCUUCUCGAAACUAACGAAUAUCGUAAUUACUUUUACCUAAAUGUCAAACAGUACCUAUGUGUUUUGAAAUGCCGAAUUUCUAAUGGACUUAUAAAUAUAUUUAGUUUAACUAUGUCUUAAGUGCAUUUUAUAACCUUUGUCGUAUGAACAAUAUUUGCUGGAGCUAAUCACUGUUGUAUUUGGUAUACCUAUUAAAUUAAAUAAUUUAAAAUUCCCCUACGCUAUAUCUUUAUGCAAAAAAAAACCAUUUUAUGCCAAAAAUGCCUUAAAUAAUCUCGGAAAAGAGGUGAUACACUUCAAACCGGUGGAUCGAUUUCUAUGAAAACUCGCUGUCACGUAAAAAAACCGGAUGGAAAUCGGCCCAUCCAUUGAAGAGCUACGAUGCCACAGACAUACAGACACACAGACAGACAUUGGCAACAAACAUUUCCCUCUUUUAGCGUCGGGGGUUAAAAAUAGCACUCACUAAUGUAGGUAGUUUGAGACAUAGCUAUUAUGACAUCACGUCAAUUUGAAGUUUAGGCAUUAUAGGAAUGUGGAAUUUUGAGAAAAAAUGUUACGCAUUCUGAGAUUCAGGGAUUUUGUCACUUUUCCUUUUUGAUAUCUAGGAAUUUUGGUAAAUGGGUAAAAAUGAAUUAAGGUGCGAUGAAACCAAAGCAUAAAUUAGCAUCAAAUACAUAGUGGCGGCCAAAGUGGCCAAAUAUGCCUUUAUACAUAAUUUUUUUUUGUUUUGUUUUGUCUGUUUUAUGUGCAAUAAAGUGACAUACAUACAUACAUAUGCCGACCUUAUUUGGAUAGUUCCCCAUUCGCUGGAUUCUUGUUUCGCCGGAUUCUUGUUUCGUCAGAUUCUUAUUUAUAUCCAGUGAUCGGAACUAUGGGAGUAAAACUUUAACAAAACUUGUUAAGCGGACAUAAAAUAGUGCAUACAGCCCUAAAAAUAUGAAUGUCCAUAGGGAUAGGAAUAGUAUAGUACUUACAGCCAUAAAAAUAUUUACAUUCAUAGAUAUUCGAAUAUUUUUAAGGCUAUGAGCACUCUUUUUACGUCCGCUUGAUAAGUUUAGUUAAAGUUUUACUCCCAUUGUUCCGAUCACUGUUUAUAUCCUAGAAAUCGGUUCCAUUCAUAUUUUAAAGGGAACAGCGUUAUUUUAUUUAAUAGAUACAGGUAAGGUCACGAUAUUUCCAUAGUUAUGUAUGUUUGAUCUUCUGUAACUGAACAAUUUCGGGCUAACAAGAAUCCGACGAAACAAGAAUCCGGCGAAUCGGGAACUAACCCCUUAUUGAUAAAGUAACAAAGGUAUGAUACGAUGUUACGAAUACUUACGAUACGUUUGGCCAAUUUGUUCGUCACUAUUUAUAUCUACUACUUGAUACUGACUGUCUGUACAUUUUUUUAUUCAACAACAGCGUGGUCCUGACAUCAAACAACAUGGCAGCUAAGUGAUGGAAUAUCGAUUUGAUGUCAGGUGCACGUUCGAAUUGGCCUGCGUGUUAGCCAGCUGAUCCGUUCGAGUUUUUACAAGUUUCCACAUUCGCUGACGGCUAGUGUGUGAUGUAUUCGCUAUAUUUUUUAAAUACAUUUGUGUAGGUAACUCGAUGUUUGGCAGUUGGCAUCGGAAGUUGGUUUCAUAUUUGACAGACACCUACACUAUACAAAAAGUGUCAGCUACGUAAAAUGACGCAAUUAGAGCGAGUGUUGCGCUGUUUUCUAUUUUUGUUAUAUUUUGAAGCGCAAAAUUCACAUGCGUGAAUAAAUAACUGUUUACAUUUGAAUCUUUAUUAUAACUAGUUCAAACUAUGUUUUGCCGGCAGAUUCAACAAUUUUGAUCUUAGCGCAAACUAUUGCUUGCGUAUUGGUCCGACAGCUGGUAGACAUUUUGGGGUAGGUAUUUGAAAAUUUAUCUCAUACUGCAGAACUGCAGACUGGCUUGGCUUGGCGGGGAUGUAGCGUAGCUUAUACAUUUAAAGUGCCGUAAAAAAUGUUUUUGAGGCAAUCUGUAAUAUAAACAAGUUAGAAUAAAAAUAUGCAAGAUCAUUAAGAUGUGGUCUUUAAUAUUAACCAAAUACCUACUCUAAAAAGUAUACAAGCUCUUCUAUUAUGUGGUAAAUUGGAACAGAGAUCUCGUAAAUCUUUAUGUGAAGGAUUAAUAUUUCUGUGUAUACAUUUUGUAUUUGCAAAUUAGUCGACGGUUAAUAAUUAAAAUAUCUUCACAUG